CAUUCGAGGAGGAUUUUUGCGGGUCAGAAAAUGAGAGUGUUUCUUCACAUGAAUGGAUUGUCAGGACUGUUGCUUAGCUUAGCACUGACUGUAAUCGCCCUCUAAUACGAUUUGCGGACACAGCGGGUAACGCGGCUGCUGUCAGCUAACAUGACCUGCAUGUGUUACUCGUUGUCGGGAUUUGUUUUGCUACACAGUUAGCUUCUUAGCUAGUGGGCUUGUUAGCUGUACGUAGCGCUUACCUAAAAACCGUUGCUGUCAUGUCAAAUUAAUAGUAGGUUUGAGAAAUAGACGUAAACCAGAUGACCACCGACCUGGCCUUUUUUUGGGACUUCAUACUGGUUAACUGUCAUAAUGUAUACCAGGUCAGUUAAAAAAGUAACGAAACAAGCCACGGUGAAGUAGUUAGUUGUUUCGGUUAGCUAGCUAGCCUGAGUUAGCAAAUAUUCAGCUGUCGUCAACGUUUGAAGCAGUCGGGAGAAGUGUCUCGUGCAGGCUAAGCGGACAUCCACGAGCUCAUAACGUUAUCAAACAUUAACGGUAAAUAACAGACCACGUCUCCAGCACCAUGGCUAACGUCACAGACCUGCAGACUAAAUACAGCAAGCUCGCACAGGAGUACUCCAAGCUCCGUGCUCAGAACCAGGUUUUGAAGAAGGGAGUUGUGGAUGAACAAGCCAACUCCGCCUCACUGAAGGAGCAGCUGAAGCAGAGGGACCAGAGCCUGAGAAAGCAGGAGCAGGAGAUGGACAGUCUCAGCUUCAGGAACCAACAGCUGGCCAAGAGGGUGGAGCUGCUGCAAGAGGAGCUCGCUGCGAGUGAAGCCAAGGGCAGAAAGGGGAAGAGUAAAGGAGACUCUCCCUCACAGCAUGGCCUGCAGACACAGAGUGUUUUUAAUGAAGACCUGCAGAAAAAGAUUGAAGAAAAUGAGCGACUCCACAUCCAAUUUUAUGAAGCAGACGAGCAGCACAAGAGGCAGGAAGCUGAGCUGAGGGCACGACUAGAAGAGCUGGAAAAAAACUCAGAGCAGCACCAGGCCAUAGUGGAUGGACUCACCACUAAGUACAUGGAAACAAUCGAACGGCUGCAGAGUGACAAAGCACGUUUGGAGGUGAAAACACAGACACUGGAGAGGGAAGCAAAGGAGUGCAGAAUGCGAACAGAAGAGUGCCAGCAGCAGCUGAGGCGGUGUCAGGCGGAGCUGAACAGACAGGUGAAACAGAGCAGCAGUGUAAUCCAGGAGAAAGUGCCCUUCAAUGACACCAAAUUUAGUGAAUAUAACAGCCUAAAUGUGCCACCACACAAUCGAAGGCACCAGCUUAAAGCUCGAGACGUGGCGGGUCAGGCUCUGAGCUUUAUUCAGGACCUGGUGGCUGCUCUGUUGAAUUUCCACUCUUACACAGAACAGAGAGUUCACAUUUAUCCGCUGGACUCCUCCAUUGAACCCAUCUCCCCACUUAACCAGAGGUUUUCCCAGUAUCUCCAUGAGAAUGCAGCCUAUGUGCGCCCCCUAGAGGACAGCUUCCUGCAGUUACACCAAAGCAUCACAGAGGACACAGUCACAGUCCUGGAGACCGUGGUCAAGCUGAAGAGCUUUGCUGAUAACUUCUCCACAUACACUCACUUCCUGCAGAAGAUUCUCCCCUACCAGCUGAAAAGCCUUGAAGAAGAGUGUGAAGCACCUCUUUGUACUGCCGCCCUCACUGCGAAAAACAGGGAGCUGCAGAGCGACAUGAAGAGAGUAACGUCUGUGUUUGAGAAACUGCAGAGCUACAUAACCCUUUUGGCCUUACCUAGUGUUCGACAGGAUGCCCUGCCACAGAGCAGCACCUCAGCUGUCUUCACCCAGCUGGCCGCCUGCCUGCACAGUCUUCACGAUGCCAUUAAAGAGAUGUCAAAGCACUACAACCAGAAGGCAGGCUUAGAGCAGGAGCUCCCCACUGUCACACAGAAGCUGUGCACCACCACAGAGUGCCUGCUGGGAUCUUUGGGCUCUCUGACCAGCAGCACCGGCAAGAUUGCCACUUUCUUCAGCAACAACUUGGACUUCUUCACGUCACCAGGCUACAGUCCAAGAGGCAGCACAGUAGCACUUAACCCUUUACAAGCAGAGAAUAUGCUGGCUAACAAAAAGAGAGCAGCUGCCUAUAUCCAGGCUAUCAAAAAGCCCUGUCCACAGUCUGUCCCAUACAAAGAAGCUCUGUCAAACCGCCGAAUACUCACCAGCUCCACGGAGAGCAGAGAAGGUCUCACCCAGCAGGUGCAGCAAAGCCAGGAGAAGAUCGCUCGGCUGGAGCAGGAGAAGGAGCACUGGCUCCUAGAGGCCCAGCUGGGGAAGGUGCGGUUGGAAAAAGAGAACCAGCGCAUUGCAGACCUGGAAGCGCAACUCGCAGUGGCUCUGGGGGGAAGUCCAGACUCACGAACAUCUGCUACAGCGGCCAGCACGCUUGCACAGAGCCACGAGGAAGCAGAGACGGAACAGAAAGCUGCAGGGAAAGAGACGACGCUCUGCACCAGCCUGGUUGGCAUGCUGUGCACAACACCUUCAAUAGAGAACGUGGGGGACGAGGAGUCCAGGGAGCAGCUGAUUAAAACUCACUACAUGGCGAGAGUCGGAGAGCUCACCACACAGCUGCAGAUCUCAGACAGCAAAGCGGUGCACUUUCACUCUGAGUGUCGAGCUUUGGCCAAGAGAUUAGCCAUUGCAGAAAAAUCACGGGAGACUCUGAGCGACGACAUCAAACUGGCCAAUCAGAACAUCACACACCUGCAGGAUGAGCUGGCUACGACGAAGCGGAGCUAUGAAGACCAGCUCAGCAUGAUGAGCGACCACCUGUGUAGUAUGAACGAGACUUUGAGCAAACAGAGGGAGGAAAUCGACACACUCAAGCUUGGUAGCAAGGGAAAUGCAAAAAAGAACAAAGGACGUUAGGGCUGCUCUUCCCUCUCUGGCUCCAUUCGGCUUCACAAAGGGCACCUUAAGAGAAGAUCUGGUCCCUGUGGAGCCUCCAGCAGCAUCCUGCUACCAACAAUCCCUCUGUCUUCAAACCACAGGACGGAUACACAAGCCCCAGACUCCUCCUCUGUCAGGCAGCAGAGAUACAGAGACUGUGUGGAGGCUUGAACGUGUUUGACUGCUUCUUUUUUUCCCUUUUUGUUGUCACAGCACCAGUUAUAACAUGAUGUGAUUUGCUAUGAAAUGCCUGAAGCUUCUGUUUGACCUUUUGGCCAACGCAGAGUGGGAGAGAAAAACUUUCACUGUAAAAAGGGACAGAAGGAAGGAAGGAAGCUGGACAAGCUGAUAAUGCUCACUGAAGUCAAGACUUGAAGACCAAACCCUGUUUUUCUGUGUGCUUGUUUUUACUGCUAACAUACGUUUUGGGAGAAAAUGAAACUGUUACCCGCACUUUCCACAAGAGCCCUUUUCACACAUGCAGGUAACCUAGCCUGAAAAUUUCCUGAGUUGCUUGUUUACACUUGUCACUCAUGCCAAAAAGUCAGUCAGUGGAGGGGUGGAGACAUGGGGAGCUAGCAGAGAAAUUUAAGGUUGAAAAAACUCUGUUUGCAUUCAGACAUUAAGCUCACCCAGGUCAAUUGAGGAAAUUUUCAGGGGUUUUGUGCAAGUGUGACAAGGACCAUAAUUUGUCUGCACACAGUUUUGUUUGCGCUGCACACUCCAGAGGAUCGCAACCUUUCUAGUUGAUCUCUGUUAUGUGCCAGAAGCACCAUUCUGCUCUGCUCCAUUCAAGACAGUCUUUUUUUAACGGAGCUGCUGCCAGCACAUGUCAAACAGAACAGAGCAGAACAGCCAAAACAGGAAGUCAGACACGAGAAUGUACAGGUCAUUGUAUUUUACCAGUGGAUUUUUAUUUUGAGAUGAGAAAGCCAAAGUUGACAAACAAGCUUUUUCCCAUUAUGUUUGAAACAGGAAAGAAGAGCUCAGAAAUAAAACCCAAAGGCAGUUUGAUAUUAAAUUGGGAAUUCCCUCAAAAAAAUCUAAGAAAACUUUUGCUCACUGUUCAACUUGCAAAGAAAAAGCCCAUAAAUUAAGCUAUUUUUUAGACUAAAACUAUGACUAGAAGUGUUUCUUCUUCCAUAAGGAAGAUGAAGAUGAGCUAAAAAUAGAACUUUGUUGACAAAAAUUCUGUCACCAAAUAUUUUUGGUGGACUGUUGGAUAUUUAAAAUCCAGGAUUAUUUCAUCGCUAAUAUAAGUUGGUGUGUUUUAAUUCAAUGAAAGUAUUGAAAGUGCAUUUCUUUUUUUCUUUUUUUUUACACUUGAGUUAAUUUUAGAACUUGGCUGAUAAAAUUAUAACACAAAAUAAAUGUCUUGACUAAAAGUACAGAAAAAAAUUUAAGAACUAUGUUUUGACUAAAACUGGAGAAAAAUGUUUUUAUAGGUUUUUGUCGACAAAACUAGAGACUAAAACUAUAUGUUCUUUGCAGAUGAUGCCACACAACAGCAAAGAACUGUCCUUGGGGGCAAGAAGUGAUUUCUGCAUAGAGAAACGCUACCUCAAAGGUAGUUUUACUAUGCCAAGCAUUUAAAGAGCAAAAUUAUAAACUUUCAUAACUCUUCAGCUACUUCUUUGUCCUGGAAGAAGUGAAAUAUUCAGGCAUAAUAAUAGUCUAAAAAGCCUCUAUCUAAAGCCUGGACAACUGUUGUCACACAACACUCAUGUAUGGUCCGUUUCCACAAAGCAGUCCAGCUUGGUUUAGGACAGUUUUGUCAUGGUUUAGCACAUUUAACUCUGAUCUUACCUGCUUUCUCAGCUAAAAGUCAUCUCACCAACCUCCAGUCUUGCUCACUGUGAUGGGAAAUCUGUCCCUUAAGAAAUCCAGAUCAUUUGGCUCAGCUCACUAGAGCUGGUUGUUUGGCUCCAAAACAUCUCUUCAUUUGGUACCUAUUUGGCUUUUUAAAUGUGGGUUAAAUAGUGGUCAAGGAUGAUGCAUGCUUAAGAGUCUGAUAGAUACAGAUCACACAGGCCUGUUAAUAUAGGAAAAACACAAGGUUUUCAUCAUUCUUUGCCUGUUUCUGCAGUUUUUUCGUCAUGUGUGAAAGCAUUCAUGUUUUUUUGCUUAAUUUUAAAAAUGAGAGAAAUUGUUUUGUUUUCAUGUCCUUUUCAGAUUCUUAUUUAAACUCAAACUGCUUGAAAGGGCUCUUUAUUCCUUGUUUUGCUUUCCUUUUUUUAUUUAUUUUUUUUUUUUUUAAUACAAUAAUUAGGAAACAGCUGGUUUCUUGAGUUUGGCUUUCUCAUCUUAACAUAAAAAUCCAUGGGGCAAAUACUACACUGACCCAGUUGUUUAUCCAAUCACUAAAUCAAUGAUGUCAAAGUAAUGGAAAGCAAAUUAACAGCAAAUCAACCUUCAACAGGCAAAGUAACAUGCUUUUCGUAUGUUCUCCUUAUUCACGUGUCAUCUAGUGAUCCAGCUGCUCUGUGCUCAGCUCUGCUUCAGAAUCAGACCCAGUCCCAGUGACCUAAGGUGUGCUGUGGAUUUGAGCAAAAACCGUGGCACAGAUGGAACACCGUCCUUGUGGAAAAUACGGGUAAACUUUAGUGCUUCUUUGACAGUGCUAGGGAGUAAAUGUGCAUCUCAUUGUGCGACUGUGGCACGAUACACUUGUGAGUAUUGUUUUACACUUAGAUUUUUAAAAUUAAAUUAGAGAUCAUUGUGCAAGCCGUUCCAAGAGCCUCUAAUACCAUCUUAAUUAAAAGACAUGCAUACAUCAUAAGCUUCUGUAAAGAAGGGCUUUAAUGAGCAACCAACAAAGACUUGAAUUCAUUCCUCAUUUAGGAAAACGUGAAGUCCUUUGGGCGGGGAGAAAAGGAAGGAAAAUGUCUGCCUUGAAGCACUGAUUAAACGUGUUUACUUGGACUAAAAAGGGCAGUAUAGACAAGUCCAAGCUUGUAAAACGGUGUCAGUCUGUCUCUGUGAUGUUACUCUUAACAUAGAUGUUUUUAUCACCAAAGUAAGUAUGGACAUGCACUCGGACGCUUUCUGUGGCACAGAUUCAUGUUGUAAUAUGUAAGGACAAAAAAGGGUUAAUGUGAAUAUACACUCAUUUCAGAUCAUGAUAUAAUUGUACUGUAUCAUUUCUAAAAAAGAAAAAUAAUGUGUAAAUAUAUAAAAAAGGUGUUUAUUCAGAGCUUAAAUCUUUAUUUUCCACAACAUUUAAGAUUAUGAUUUUCAGCUGUUUUCUAUGUGUCCAUUAAGGCUCCAUUUUUGUGUCUCAAAGAGUAACUGGUGCUUAGACAACCUGAUUCAUGAGUCAUGGCAGAGUGCAGUUCAAGUUUACAGUAAAAUAAAAGCCUCUUUGGCUUGUAGUGACACGAGGAAAAUGAUAGAAGAGCCCAGCAGUGGAUUGCAGCAGUUCAUUCAAACCUCUUUGUUUGAGAAUCCACACCUGCCAGCAAAACUUUGACUACAAAGAUUUGCCCCUUAAACUGAUAAAAAAAAAUAACAAAAACACUUGUAUUCUCACAAUGUAACCUGUUGAAAAGCACAUAUAAAUAUGUGGAUUAAAGAAAAGC